ACUUACGCGUUUUGGCAAUAAAUGUACCACAUUACGGACGGUUCUGCUAUCAGUGAAGAAACACCGUUGAAGCACGACGAACGAUACCUUCGGCGACAGCAGCGCAGAGCAUCGUACCGACAUCUUGACCCAGCAGCAGUGAUAGUGCAAUCCGCGGGUGGUUCUGGCGAUAAUUCGAGUUCCAACGACAGCAGCUACAGCAACUGCACGACGGAGUUUACUAGUGAGCAGCAGCCCAUCGUAGUAACCAGCGGCGGUACUGCAAACACCAUCACCAUGGACGAUACGAAGAAGGUGCUGCUGAAGGUUGGGUUCGAUUUUCUCAUCCUUUGCUGUGUUGGGUUUCCUAUUCUAAUCUUCUUCCUGGUCGGUGAUCCAUUCAAGCGAGGCUUUUUCUGCGACGAUGAAUCACUUAUGCAUCCAUUCCACGAUUCUACCGUUACGAACUGGAUGCUGUACAUCAUCGGCAUCUUACUUCCAGUGAUUGUGAUUAUAAUCACGGAACUAUGCAGAGCGCGGGUGAAGAAAUCGGCCGACACACAUCCACUAAAGGUGUGGAACACGGACAUCCCGUUCUGGGUCGUGCAGUCUUACAAAUCGAUCGGCAUGUUUGGAUUCGGUGCGGCCGUUAGUCAGCUGCUGACGGACGUCGGAAAGUACACGAUAGGUCGCCUACGGCCGCACUUCUUUGACGUCUGUAGACCCCAGAUGCCCGGUGGAACCACUUGUGCCGAUGCUAUCAAUCAAGGACGAUACGUAACGGACUUUACGUGCACCAGUGAGAAAUCGUCGACCCGCAUGCUGAAGGAAAUGCGCCUGUCAUUCCCGAGUGGACAUUCCAGUUUCUCGAUGUACACCCUUGUUUUCUGCGCCAUAUUUCUGCAUGCCCGCAUGAACUGGCGCGGCUCGAAGCUGCUGAAGCACUUUUUCCAGUUCCUGCUGAUCCUGCUCGCCUGGUACACCUGUCUGAGUCGCAUUUCCGACUACAAGCAUCACUGGUCGGACGUGCUGGCCGGAGGCGUACUGGGCGCCACGGUAGCGAUCGUUGUGUCCAACUUCUGCACCGACCUGUUUAGUAUGGCACGCAAGCGCACCAUGAUGGCAGCAACUUUACCACAGACACGCUACGAACUUAGCCAAAACCAUACGCACGGGAAUGGCAACUAGGGAAGCUAA